AUGGCAGAGGGCAGCAACGCGGACUGGAUGGGCUCCCUCGCCCCCGCCCUCAGCACCUUCCCGCUGGCCCAUCUGGCCAUCCCAGGAUCACAUGAUUCUUUCAGCUACUGGGUUGAUGAGAAAUCACCUGUGGGACCUGAUCAAGCCACGGCAAUCAAACGUUUGGCUAAAAUUUCUUUGGUGAAAAAGCUGAUGAAGAAAUGGUCAGUGACUCAAAACCUGACCUUCAAAGAGCAGCUGGAAGGUGGGAUCCGCUACUUUGAUCUGCGCGUAUCUUCCAAACCGGGAGAAGUGGGACAGGAGAUCUAUUUCAUACAUGGCUUGUUUGGCAUCAAAGUAUGGGACGGACUGAUGGAGAUAAACACCUUCCUCACACAGCACCCCAAAGAAGCCAUCUUCUUGGAUUUCAAUCACUUCUAUGCCAUGGAAGACCAGCACCACAUAUACCUGAUUAACAGGAUCCGGGAAGCAUUUGGAUCAAAACUUUGCACAAUGGAAUAUGUAGAAAAUGUGACCUUGCAAUAUCUUUGGGAGAAGAGUCAGCAGGUUCUCAUUUUCUACCACUACCCUCUGUAUCAGAAAUAUCCCUUCCUGUGGCCAGGGAAUAAAAUGCCAGCACCUUGGGCAAACACAACGAACGUGCACAAGCUAUUACAGUUCUUAGAGACCACUCUUGGGGAGCGGGCUCAACAUGGAACUUUUCAUGUUUCUCAAGCUAUUCUCACACCCAGGGUCAAAACUAUUGCACGGCACCUAAUUCGUGGCCUAAAAAAUACGCUUGUUCACAGGAACCUGCCUAUGAUUUUGAACUGGGUAAAGACACAGAAGCCAGGCGUUAUGGGCGUUAACAUAAUUACAUCAGACUUUGUGGAGCUGGUUGACUUUGCUGCCACGGUUAUUGCAUUAAACGACCUCCUUUUAGAAGGGCACCGAGCUGUGACUAAAUCCUAACUGUUUUGUCUCUCACGUUAAGAUCAGCGCUCAUCCACUGAGAUGAGGAUUUGGAGUCUUUCAUACAUGUCAACAGCUUUCAAUGUAAAUCUCAAUUUAGAUGUUUUUGGUUUUGUUUUUUAACAAACAAAAACCUAGUUUCUGAGAAAAACGUGCUGAAAAUCAUUCACGUCAGGAUCUAUCGCUGCAUGGAUCUGACCUGAACACUAAGCAGUGUCUGAGUGCUGCUGACUCUGUUAUGCACACAUCUGCUGCAGUACAGCAAUCUGUUGUCUGCCUGCCAGUAGGAGGCCGGACACUACAGCAGAUGUAACCAAUUGGCAGCAGUGUCUCCCCUGGCAACUAAACUCCCUGUGGGUGUGCAUCCUGUGUGUUAUUGAACCCUGGUGUCAGGCUAAGAAUUGGUGUUGAUCCUCAGGAGCAGUUCUACCAGACCAGCCAAAAGGGAUCCUCCACCUGGCUACACAAGUCAGAGCUGUGCUGGUCUCAGCUAGCAGUUGCUAUUGUAUCUCUUAUGUCAUACUGGAAGCUACCUCUGACUUUCUUAAAAAAACAGCAUCCCCAGUGUUCAGAGGGAAUAGAGAUGGGCCCGAGGUGCGGAGAUUGGAUCUAAACUUAUAACUCUCAGGGGCUUUUGACUCCAAGGUUUUGUUUUCGGUCUCUCUCUUAUUUUAGAGCAG